UUUUCUAAAGUCCCUGGCCCCGCAACAUUAUUCUUUUUGCGACUUAUUCCUAUCUUUUGAAUAAACACUUGAAGAGCUGGACAGCAACCGCAGCAUAGAAUCGAGGGCAGCGGCGAAGAAAAAUCAAGAAGUACUGUUGAUCAUGUUUGGUUAAGUGGAUCUUUUGGGCAAAGAUUUCACCCUUUAAUAAAGGAUAGUGAUAAUUCUUAUGGUAAAGGAAGCGGCUUUCCUGAGAAGUUGGGAAGACGAGAGUGGUGAGUGAGCGUGAGAAAUCAGAAGAGAGGGAAAGUGAUGGAGGUUGGAUUCUUAGGGGGACAUCCUGGGUGAAGGGAGGAUUGCUCCCUUGGUUGCUUACGAACAUAAUUUAGUGUAUAUUUUUGAAUCAUAUAGUAUGAGAAUAGAAUCUAAUAAGUGGAAUGCAGAAAGAAAGUAUGUGUGAAAAAAGAAAAAAAUUGUAGAUUAGGCCGGCCCAUUUAAACAGCAAGCUAAUAGGUUGUUAUUAUUAUUACCCGAAAAGAAAAGCAAAAACGCAGAAGCCAUCAUUUGCAGAGGAGAGUGAGUCGACCAAGAUAAUCCAAAACCAAACAUGUCCUCCCUCCGAAACGCCAUUCCCAGUCGUGCGCACAAAGAGCGUUCUCAACCGUCAGCGAGGAAAAAAUUCGGCUUGCUCGAAAAGCAUAAGGAUUAUGUCCAACGUGCUAAAGCAUUCCACAAGAAAGAGGAUACUUUACGAAAACUUAGGGAAAAAGCAGCUAAUAGGAAUGAAGAUGAGUUUUACUUCAAGAUGGUUAGAACAAAAACAGUUGAUGGAGUUCACAGACCAGAGAGUGAAGCAAAUAAGUACACUCAGGAAGAGCUUAUGCUUAUGAAGACGCAGGAUAUGGCUUACAUUCUUCAGAAGGUUCAGAGUGAGAGAAAGAAAAUCGAAAGGCUAACUGCCUCGCUACACUCUAUUGAUAAUCCACCUGCAAACAAACAUGUUUUCUUUGCUGAGGACAGGGAAGAGGCUAAAGAGUUACAAUCAAGAUAUUCAAAAAGUGAAAUUCCUCUUACUAUCGAUAAUAUUCUUACUGGCAUUAAGAGGAAAACAGAUAGGUCUUAUAAAGAGUUGGAAGCAAGAAAAGAUAGACUCAGCCAACUAGAGAAAAUCUACAUGGAUAUGGCAAUGAAGAAGGAGCUGCAGAAAAAUGGUAGGAAACGCAAACUAACUGAGGAUGAGAUUGUCUGUCCAACAAGUCAACCAGUGUACAAGUGGCGUGCUGAAAGAAAACGAUAAUUGAGUUCUUUUUGGUCUUUUUACUAUUUAGCAUAAUGAUUAAAUACUUGUGGGUUGGGUCCGAGUAGUCCAAUGAAGAAGGGGAUUUUACAUGUAGAGGGGAAGUAUCAACUUUUAUAGCCGCAGAAUAGAAAGUCAUAGAUUAAUACGAUUAAUUGGGAUCACCAUUGGUGCCAAUAAUUGUCGCUUUCUUUACAAUUCUUUUAUCAUGUAACCAUUUUGUUUACUCUUUUGAGUAUUCUUCUUUGAUGUUGUGGCGACUAAAUUUGUAAGUCUAGGAAUAGUGAGAUAUAUUAAAUUUUCAUGUUAUUGUGCAACUUUUCCAUGUAUCUGUCAUAGUACCUUGCUGUAAAUUCUCUAGACAUGGUUCCUGACAUAUGCAAAUAAAAUUUAGGUUUAAUA